GUCAGCGUCUCCGGGGCGGACCCCUCGCGACCCGGGGCGGCGGCUGGCAGGGCGGGCAGAAGCUCCCGCCCUGCCUCCGGCAGCGGCCGGCAGCGCCGCCGAGGCGCCUGCCGCCGCCGCCGCCACUGCUCCGGCCCGACGGGCUCGUGUUUGCACGGCGAGGCCACGGGGCCGAGCGAUCGGCGAUCGGCUUCUCUCGGGGCGAUCGGCUCCUCGGCGGUGUUUUUUUGGGAUGGCUCGCGGCCUGCUGAGACCCAGCUUGCCGAGGCCGGGAUGUUGGAGAGGCCUUGCGGCCGGUGCGAAGACGAAGACGCACGACGACGGCGACACGUCCUUCACACGCUGACAGGUUCGGUGGAUUUUGUCGAAUUUUCUAUCCAGUCGCUUUCCGCCCAUGUCAUUUUCAGUUCCAUUAUGUUCGGCCAUACAGGGCAUUGACGAAAUGCCGUCGCCUGCUCAGGGUCGGCCGACAUUUACGUGCCGAUUUCUCGGGGCCACAGCAUGUCAGUAUCCAUCGAAGCUCGGAGACGCAUACUUGACAGCUGAAAGUGGGGUGCGCGCGUGCCAAAAAAACGCUUCUACACUCCUCCACGACGGCUCAGGACGG